AUGCAUGUUAGUGCCUUUGCAAGAGUGUACUACCCGGUGUACUUCGACGCUAUGCAUGUUAGUGGCUUUGCAAGAGUGUACUACCCGGUGUACUUCGACGCUAUGCAUGUUAGUGGCUUUGCAAGAGUGUACUACCCGGUGUACUUUGACGCUAUGCAUGUUAGUGGCUGUGCAAGAGUGUACUACCCGGUGUACUUCAACGCUAUGCGUGUUAGUGGCUUUGCAAGAGUGUACUACCCGGUGUACUUCGACGCUAUGCGUGUUAGUGGCUUCGCAAGAGUGUACUACCCGGUGUACUUCGACAUUAUGCGUGUUAGUGACUUCGCAAGAGUGUACUACUCAGUGUACUUCGACAUUAUGCGUGUUAGUGGCUUCGCAAGAGUGUACUACUCAGUGUACUUCGACAUUAUGUGUGUUAGUGGCUUCGCAAGAGUGUACUACACUGUGGUGUACUUCGACGCUAUGCGUGUUAGUGGCUUUAGAUGUGUACCACUCAAUGUAUUCACCUAG